AUGCCUUUGAAGCGCUCUGCUUCGAACACGUCCUCUAGCGGCUCUAAGAAAGCCAAAGGGGACAGCAACGCAGAAUCGGGCAGCCUCCGUACAAUGAAAAGCACGCGCUGGUCGCGCGUCUCCGGAUCUGGCAAUGCUGACGCUGCAUAUAAGUCCUCCAUCGAGGAUCCCGUGAAGGCAUAUUCCUAUGUAUGCGUCUGCCGGCUGCCGUUGGACGAUGGAGACGACCGAAAAGAUGGAGGCGAUCGGGGAGGCGAAGACGACCGUGAAAAUGAAGAUGAGGAUGAAGAGGAAACGUCCAAAACCCCUUGCGACGGGGGCAAGACAUGCCUGUGCAACAAAUCCGCAGCAGAGCACCCUAAUCAUUCUUUGAUUUUGACCAACGAUCAUGAGGGCUAUGGCGCGCUCGAGGUCGUGCAAAACUUGUUCAUUGACUAUGUCGAGGCCAUGUAUGAUUGGAAAGAGCAGUGGGCAGUUUGCGAGGCUUCAGCGAUGCUAUACAUGAGCGACGCUUUAGGCCCAUUGAACACCAUCGACGAUUCCUCUGCCGUCUACGCCACCCUUGUAUUGGCUGGCCGCACGUUCCUCGCGAUGCUCGCGCAGCUCGAGCACCUUGACCUCCUAAAGCCAGAUUCCGAGGUCAAAAAUCUCGGCUUCAUAAUGGCCCUCUACAUUAAGCUUGCUGCCACUGAGGACAUCCUUGACCUCGAGGAUGUCACCGACGAGAUCAAGAAGAAUAACGGAACGGACGAGACUUUCACCUUUGUUCGGUCGAAUUUCCCCUCCCACAUCCUCGCCUACGCUAAGAAAUACAACAUCAAGCUUGUCGGGCCCACGGACAUUGACGAGGUUGUCGAGGACCUGGAGGACGGGGCUGAACUGCCCGAGCGUGACGAGAAGCCAUUCGGUGACCCCUGGAACUUGAGUGGCGCUACCGAAGAGUACUUUGACAAUUACACCGGUUACUAUGACGGCAGGAAAGGGUGGAAAACUCGUCCUGGCGGCGACACCCUGGACAUUACCACCUGGAGUUCAGCAGAUCGCAAGAAGGCGAGCUUUGACGGUAAGGACCCCCUCGGUAAGGAAGAACGUGACGCCAUCAAGAAGGGGUUGGUCAUGUCUCUUGCUUAA